AAAUCAACUAAAAUCAGCCCAAUCUUUCCAGACACAGUGAUGAAAUCUUCAAUUGCGCACAUCGCCUCCUGGUGUUGAAAGGAGCAAACUGCAGCUGCAGAGCAGGAAAGUGGGUGAGGCAAGCAACUAGCAAAGCUACUAGAGGGAAGGGAGGAGCUGAGAUCAGCUCUGCUUCUUGUUCUCUGUUUUCAGAGUCCCAGCUGGCACUGCAAAGGGGGAUUUACUAUUGUCUAAGGCAGCUAAAGAAAAAAAAAUCCCUUUUACCUGAUCUGCUGUUAAAGAAUCAGUAAAAAACCGUACAAAGAAAGGGAGCAGAGUGCAGUGUUAGAGGGACCUUGGAGAGGAAAAGAUCAGAAUGUCUUACCAGGGAAAGAAGAACAUUCCCAGGAUAACGAGUGAUCGUCUCUUGAUCAAAGGAGGACGGAUAGUGAAUGAUGACCAAUCUUUUUAUGCCGACAUCUACAUGGAAGAUGGUCUCAUCAAGCAGAUUGGAGACAACUUAAUAGUUCCUGGUGGGGUAAAGACCAUUGAAGCCAAUGGGAAGAUGGUCAUUCCCGGUGGGAUUGAUGUACACACUCACCUGCAGAUGCCCUACAGAGGGAUGACAACCGUGGAUGAUUUUUUCCAAGGAACUAAAGCUGCCAUUGCUGGUGGAACUACCAUGAUUCUUGACCAUGUGAUCCCGGAACCUGGUGCCAGCCUGACUGAAGCUUUUGAAAAGUGGAGAGAAUGGGCUGAUAGCAAAACAUGUUGUGACUAUGCCCUCCAUGUAGACAUCACUCAAUGGAAUGACAGCGUGCGACAGGAAGUGGAGACGCUUAUAAAACAGAAGGGCAUUAACUCUUUCAUGGUUUACAUGGCCUACAAAGAUUUGUAUCAGAUGUCCAACACUGAGCUCUAUGAAAUUUUCGCUUGCCUGGCAGGGCUUGGUGCAAUCGCUCAGGUUCAUGCUGAAAAUGGUGAUAUCAUAGCCCAGGAACAGAAUAGAAUGUUAGAAAUGGGAAUUACUGGUCCAGAGGGCCAUGUUCUGAGCAGACCAGAGGAGCUGGAAGCAGAAGCUGUUUUCCGUGCCAUUACCAUCGCAAGCCAAACAAACUGUCCUCUUUACGUGACUAAAGUUAUGAGCAAAAGUUCUGUAGACCUGAUCUCCCAAGCUAGGAAAAAAGGUAAUGUUGUGUUUGGGGAACCAAUCACAGCCAGUCUGGGCACAGAUGGCACACACUACUGGAGCAAGAACUGGGCCAAGGCGGCAGCAUUUGUGACAUCACCACCUCUGAGCCCUGAUCCUACAACUCCCGACUACAUUAACUCCCUUUUGGCAAGUGGUGACCUGCAGGUCUCUGGAAGUGCUCAUGCCACGUUCAGCACUGCGCAGAAGGCCAUUGGAAAGGAUAACUUUACUCUUAUCCCAGAGGGAACAAACGGCAUCGAAGAAAGAAUGUCUGUUAUCUGGGACAAGGCAGUGGCUACUGGAAAAAUGGAUGAAAACCAGUUUGUUGCAGUAACCAGCACCAACGCUGCCAAGAUCUUUAACCUUUAUCCCAGGAAAGGGAGAAUAGCUGUUGGAUCAGACAGUGACCUGGUUAUUUGGGACCCUGAUGCAGUGAAGAUUGUCACAGCCAAGAGCCACCAUUCUGCUGCAGAGUACAAUAUCUUUGAAGGAAUGGAGCUACGAGGUGCACCUCUUGUGGUUAUUUGCCAAGGAAAGAUUAUGAUGGAGGAUGGGAAUAUCCAUGUCACCCAGGGAACAGGUCGCUAUAUUCCUUGCCCUCCAUUCUCUGACUAUGUAUACAAGCGCAUCAAGGCCAGGGCCAAGAUUGCCGAGCUCCAUGCUGUCCCACGGGGCAUGUACGAUGGACCUGUCUUUGACCUGUCCUCAACUCCCAAAGGAGGAACCCCUGCUGGCUCUACAAAGGGAUCACCAACCAGGCAGACUCCACCUGUGCGAAACUUGCACCAUUCCGCGUUUAGUCUAGCUGGAAGUCAGGGAGAUGAAAGUGGAGUCCGUUCUGCCAGUAGAAGGAUCGUAGCACCCCCUGGUGGACGCUCCAAUAUAACAUCUCUUAGCUAAACACCUAAGAUUUGGAAAGAACAGGAAAGCAAACUGGUACAAUUGGUAUUUAAGACAAAGGGUAACGAGUAAAGUCAAAUUCAAACCAAGUUCAAUCUGGAAGUCUAUUAACCCUCAGGCCUUAUGUUUUACAAAUGCUUUUUGCUACCUAGCUUUAAAAGUUAAUGCUUCCAUGUUUUCUUUUUUCAUAAUUGCAUAGCCUUAAUUUACAACAUGUGCAUGCUGUUCAUUUGGUUGCAGUCUCCCAGAGGGUGUCAGAUCCAGUUACAUUCUCUUGUGAUUAUUAUUUCUUUUUUUUAACGUGGCAUUGAACACAGAUACCUGGUGUGUGGAUACAUUAGUUGUCAAAAAUCAUGGAUCUUCUGUUAACAGGCUUUUCUGUUUUUAUACAAGAAUUGCAAUAAAAUAGAGAUCCCCAAAA